GUUAUUUUUUGGAUAAUAAAAGCAUAAGCAUAAUACCUGUGCUUCAGUCUAAUACAGUGCGACAAUGGCAAUCCAUAUACCCGGACUAAUAGGUAUCAUUGUCUUUUACCUUCUCAUUCUUGCUAUUGGAAUAAUCGCUGGCAGAAAGAAGAACAAGAAAGGCGAUUCAGAUGAAAUGUUAGUCGCUGGAAGAAAUCUGGGAUUCUUUGUAGCGGUCAUGACGAAUACAGCAACAAUGGUUGGAGGUGCCUACAUUAACGGAACAGCGGAAGUCAUGGGUAGGGACGGAUUAGUUUGGUGUUUUGCACCUGUUGGCUUUUGCAUUGGAAUCAUAAUUGCUGCCUUGUUCUAUGCUCCAAAAGCAAGAGAGAAGAAGUAUACAACAAUAUUCGACUUAUUGCAAGAAAAAUAUGGAAAGAGAAUUGGUGGACUACUUUUUAUAAACGAGUUAUUGGCUGAUGUAUUCUGGGAAUCAGCGAUACUCUCUGCUUUAGGUUCGACUUUACAUAUAAUACUUGGUAUAGAUAUGUCGACGGCUGUCAUUGUGUCAGCCUGUGUGGCUGUGUUUUAUACCUUUUUUGGAGGAUUGUAUUCGGUUGCAUAUACAGAUGUAGCUCAACUUUUUCUUAUAUCUAUCGGACUGCUUUUAAUAAUACCAUUUGCUUGGACAAAUCCUGCUGUUGAUAUAAGCAGAAUAAAAGACAACUGGAAAGGAAGCUUGGAACCAAAGUUUAUAGGUGUAUAUAUUGAUGUGUGGUUAAUAACCAUUGGAGGAUGUUUCACGUGGCAGGCAUUUUAUCAGCGUGUACUUGCAUGUAAAACCACUAGAAUGGCGAGGGAUGCCGUGUUAGUCAGCGCGUUCUUGGCCUUGUUGAUGGGUGUACCACCAGCAUUAGCAGGUGUUAUUGGAGCCGCUACAGACUGGAAUCAAACUAUGUAUAAUGGGAACCCCGAAUUGUCUAGUGAAGAAUGGAGUUAUGUUUUACCUAUGGUGCUGGCCUAUCUUUGUCCGAUGGCUGUAUCAGUCUUUGGAUUAGGGGCUAUUAGUGCUGCUGUCAUGUCGUCUGCAGAUUCUAUUGUUCUUGCAACUGGAUCUGUCAUCAGCCAUAAUUUAUAUAAAAACUGUUUCCGACCAAAGGCAACACAGCGUGAAUUAACUUGGGUCCUGAGAGUCAGUAUUUUAAUGACAGGCAUUUUGGGAACGGUGAUCGCUAUUGUCGUUAAAAGUGUGUAUGGGUUGUUUAUUCUAUGUGUGGACAUUAUGUAUGUCAUCCAAAUGCCGGAGUUAACAUGUGCGUUAUGGUUUGAAAAGGCAAACGGUUAUGGUUCGCUUGUAGGAUUCGUUGUUGGUUUGCUCUUACGCAUACUUGGCGGGGAACCGAUUUUAUCAUUUCCAGCAGUCAUCAAAUAUCCAUGGUACGAUCCCGUAGAUGGACAGUUAUUUCCGCAUAAAACAUUUGCAAUGUUGGUUUGUGUUAUAACUAUAAUAGGAGUUUCUCUUAUAACAGAUUACGUUUUCACAAAUAACAAGAUUGAUAAGAAAUUUGAUAUCUUUAACUGCUUUCAAGAAAAGACCAUUGAAGAAAAAGACGAAUCUGAAAGGAAUGCAGUUGAAUUAAAAUCAGAUGAAAAUUUUGAUGAAAAACAGGAGGAAUCUGAGGCAUUUUUUAAGAGUUAGUGUCUAAAUAUACUCAUAAAAUCAAAAUAAGCUUGUUAUAAAGAGGGCAUUGAUUUCAUAUUCAAACGUCCACAGUUGCACGAUCCAAAUGUUUCUAUGAAAUAUUUUUUCUUGGAAAAUAAGACAGCGUUGUUCUUUUA